AUGGUGUAUGUUUUUUGUUUUUUUUUCAACAGUGUUGCCACUGCCACUGCAGUGAAAUUACUAGAACAAGGAAAGCAGUUUGAUGGAAUGAUACUUGAAGGUGCAUUCCUAAAUGCGAGGAUGGAAACUAAUAAACUAACUGAACACCCUUUUACCUGGUUUUAUUGGAAGUUCCCACACAUUCAGUACUCCUUGUUCAAUCCACUGAAAAACAAAGAUUUGAACCUUCCAACUGAUGAAAAUUUGCAAAAAAAUCUAACUCCCCUUAUGAUUCUCCAUGCUGAAGAUGACCAUUUAGUGCCCUUUGCCUCAGCUCAAGAGAUUUACAGAACUGCAAAAAAGGCCCAAAACUCAGAUGAGCAUGUCAAGCUGGUGCAAUUUGAUGCAUCACUUGGAUAUCUUCAUAAUGGGUUGUAUAAAGACCCUGGUUUGCCAGAUAUCAUAAGGGAGUUUGUGCAGUCACUGAUGACAUGAUACACAGACAAAAGGAGGAGAAUUUGCACACCAACUAAUAACUGGCAAAUUAGCUGUACAACUGGUGCUAUAACUGUAUAUUUAGUAAUUAAAACAGUAUGCACUACUUGGAUAUAAAACAUUGUAAUGUCUAAAGUAAAUUUUACA